CCCCCCCCCCAUCCCCCUCCUCCCCUCCUUUUCUUCCCUUUCUUGUUUCUCUCUCUCUCUGGUUCCUCGCCCACCACCAUGGCUCAGCAGCAGAUGACGAGCUCUCAGAAGGCCUUAAUGUUGGAACUGAAGAGUUUGCAGGAGGAGCCGGUAGAAGGUUUCAGGAUCACUCUGGUGGACGAGUCCGAUCUGUACAAUUGGGAAGUGGCGAUUUUCGGGCCGCCCAACACGCUCUAUGAGGGAGGCUACUUCAAGGCUCAUCUGAAAUUCCCAAUAGAUUAUCCAUAUUCUCCACCUACCUUCAGAUUUCUGACAAAAAUGUGGCACCCAAAUAUUUAUGAGAAUGGAGAUGUUUGCAUUUCAAUCCUUCACCCACCAGUAGAUGAUCCUCAGAGCGGUGAACUACCUUCUGAAAGAUGGAAUCCAACUCAAAAUGUCAGGACUAUACUUUUAAGUGUCAUCUCCUUAUUGAAUGAACCAAACACAUUCUCGCCAGCAAAUGUGGAUGCCUCAGUCAUGUUCAGAAAAUGGAGAGAUAGCAAAGGGAAAGACAAAGAAUAUGCUGAAAUCAUCAGGAAACAAGUGCUUUCAACCAAGGCUGAAGCUGAAAAAGAUGGUGUGAAGGUUCCAACCACACUGGCUGAAUAUUGCAUCAAGACCAAAGUGCCUUCCAGUGACAACAGUUCAGACUUGCUUUAUGAUGAUUUAUAUGAUGACGAUAUAGAUGAAGAGGAGGAAGAAGAAGAAGAUGCUGACUGUUAUGACGAUGAGGACUCUGGAAAUGAGGAGUCGUGACGUACACAGGCCAGAAAGGGAGCAGCACUAACCUAGCAACAGCCCAGCCCAGAACUUGCCAUCUGCUGCAUCCUGUUGUGUGGGUCUUGAAAUGCUCCUUUUUAAUGGACCUCUUAACUCCACAGACUGUCUAUGAAACCUCCGUACUAGACUAUAAUCCCACUAUAUAAUGUAACUGGAUCUGCUCAUUCUCUUCAAAAAAAAACAAUUGUUCACACCCGAUUCUUAUUCCUUCCUGCCAUGGAAGACCUAUGUACGCCCAGUAAUUUGAUUUUGUUGGGGGAGGGGGGUUCAGUGGGGAUAUAUGGAGACUUGUAGCACUCAGUAGUAAAAUGGACUGCCAAGGUUAAGCUGCUCCUGUCACAUAGUGUGCACCUCUUGAUAUUUUUUCUUAACUAUGUGGUGAAAUAUUCUUUUUUUGGGGAGGGAACAUUGGGGAGUGUGUAGCCUACUGCUUUUUGAUUCUUAAAUAUGUUGCUAUCUAGAUUUUUCUUUGGCAGUUUUUACAACCCUUGAGUACACUGCAUUCUCCAGCAAUUUGCAUUUUGAGUUUUUUUUUAUUGUAGCUGUAGAAGUUCUAUCAAUAGCUGAGCUCGAUCAAGUUUUCUCAUUUUUCUUUUUUUAUAAAUUGUGGUCAAAAGUCCCUGAAUUUGGUUUAAAAAUGGUCACACCCAAUAUUAACGCUGACAUUUGCUAGAUCUUAGCUUAUUUAUUUUUCUUUUUGCAGUCGCUGGAUUUUUUCACUUAAUAAACACGUUUACAUGAUGUAAAGCAAUGGCAAUGGAUCGGAAAAUUUUAUUAAUUGGAGAUUUGGAAACCAAUACAGUGCACUAAAUAACAUAGCUCUAUUUCCAGCUGCGAUUCCUUGAAUUUUUAUUUGGUUCUUUUCUGCAAUUUUUUUCUUUCUUGUAGGAAUUGAGAAUAUUUUGUGUUGUCUCCUGCGCUAUAAAUUACUUUGUCUUUGCAUCUACUAAUAAAAUGUGAAUAAAAUGUUGGUUUUGUUAUGAAA